AUGCCCGGCUCAGCCCUUCACCCCAAUAUCCAACCUGGCCACCGCCUGAAGCAGCGGCCUCAGCCUGACCUCCAGCACACCUCCCACGCCUACGACAUACGCCAUCCCCCUCAGUUUAGCAGCAUGGACGGCUUGCCCUUUAGCUUCACUUCUCAGCCAGCAGCAGCCCAGGCCUUUCAAUACCCUCCUCAUCUUAGCAUAUCUGGCUCAUCUCGCUCAUCUCGCCUACAUAGCAGCCCCAGUUCCAGCUCCAGCUCCACUCACGCCGACUCCCCAGAACACACCCCAGGAACACACCUCAUUACCAACGACACAACUGUCCCCCAGGUCAUGGGGUCAAGAUGGUACGAAACCCAUCGCCACACAAGCGACGAGACGACGAUAAACGAGAAGCCGAGAGAGAAGACUCUUCGACCUACACGCCCGAGCCGUCCGGACUAUGACCUCAUCUCCACCAAGGUAACAAUAUGGACGACUCCAAGGAAACUCAUCGAGAUCAUGGAUAGGUCUACGCGCCUUGCGCUGGUGUUCUUGUCGGUUGACAGAUAUUCUGAGAAAUAA